AUGCCAGCAUUGUAUGGUCUCUACUGUCUCGAAAAGCAUCUGGCCUCAUUGUACAUAGGAGGAUACUGUGAAGGACAGAAGUUUGGAGAUGGAAUACACGACGCAGUUCGACGUCUUGAACGAGAUCUACUGCCUGACUCAGUAGCUUUGGUGGACGCAAUUGCACCACCAGAUUUUGUGCUUAAUUCUGCGCUAGGACUUAGUACUGGGCAGUGA